UGCUACAGGUCUCACUGCUGCUGUCAGCUUGGAGAUAACAUGUGGCUCUUAAUAGCUCUGCUCCUUUGGGUUCCAGUUGGUGGGCAAGUGGAUCCCACAAAGGCAGUGAUCACACUGCAACCUCCAUGGGUCAGUAUGUUCGAAGAAGAGGAUGUAACCUUAUGGUGUGAGGGACCCCGUCUGUCUGGGGACAGCUCUACACAGUGGUUUCUCAACGGCACAGCCAUUGAGACCUUGACCCCUAGAUACAGAAUUGCUGCUGCCACUGUCAAUGACAGUGGUGAAUACAGGUGCCAGACAGGUCUCUCAGUGCCAAGUGACCCUGUACAGCUGGAAAUCCACAGAGAUUGGCUACUACUCCAGGUGUCUAGCAGAAUCUUCACCGAGGGGGAACCUCUGGCCUUGAGGUGUCAUGGAUGGAAGAAUAAGCUGGUGUACAAUGUACUUUUCUACCGAGACGGCAAAGCCUUUAAGUUUUCUCCUCGAGAUUCUGAAUUCACCAUUCUGAAAACCAACCUGAGUCACAGUGGCGUCUAUCACUGCUCAGGCAUGGGAAGGCAUCGCUUCGUAUCAGCAGGAGUAUCUAUCACUGUAAAAGAGCUAUUUACAGAGCCAGUGCUGAGAGCAUCCUUGCCAUUCCCCCUCCUCGAGGGGAAUACGGUCAACCUGAGCUGUGAAACAGAGUUGCUCCUGCGGAGGCCUGGUCUGCGGCUUUACUUCUCCUUCCACAUGGGCAGCAGGACCCUGAGGAGCAGGAACACAUCCUCUGAAUACCAGAUACUUACUGCUAAAAGAGAAGAUUCCGGGUUGCACUGGUGUGAGGCUGCCACAGAAGAUGGCAGCGUCGUCAAGCGCAGCCCUGAGUUGAAGCUUCAGGUGGUCGGCCCCCAGUUGCCAGCUCCUGUCUGGUUUCAUGUCCUUUUCUAUCUGACAGUAGGAGUAAUAUUUUUGGUGGACACUGCCUUCUGUAUGAUGAUACAUAAGGAACUGCAAAGAAAGAAAAAGUGGAAUUUAGACAUCUCUUUGGACUCUGGUCAUGAGAAGAAGCUAACUUCCUACCUUCAAAAAGAUAGUCACUUAGAAGAGCUGAAAUGUCAGGACUGAGAAGAGCAGCAGCAAGAAAGGACGCACCAGGAGACCCUCCGGGAGGAGGGCGGCGACUCAGCGUCCACAGACGUGACAGCCGCACACCUUCCUCUCUGUGUUAGUGCCGGGCACUGA